GGUUCUUUAUGACGUCCAAGAUGGAAGAUGAUAAGAGAGACGUAAGGGCACUUCCUGAGGGUUUAUUACCACCACACACAGCGCCAUUAGUCAAGAGAAUACCAGUAAAGUUGAAUAGGAAGAUGAAGAACCUGAACAUAGUCCAGUUUCCGAUGAACGAGAAGCCACUAACGGGGAACCUAAAGGUAGACUACAAGAAAGAGAACAAGAAGAUAAAAAUCUACGCUGACAUGGACAAGAGGGAGGUAGUCUUCAAUAAGAAUGUCGAUAUGCAGAAGCUCGAGUUUGAUUCACAGAUGAUUGGUAGGAAUACAAACUAUUUCAUUGGCGUUAUACAAGACGACGAGCUGCACUUGAAUGAGGUAGACAGUCUACACCAGAUGAGAGUAAAUUUGAACAACCUGGCUAAGAAAUCAACUGAGGAUGUCGAGGAUAUACCUGAGGAGGAGGUAGAGACUAAGAAGCAGCCGGUCAGCUACAAGUUCAUAGGGGUACAAGCGCAAGGGGGAGAUAAACAGCCGCAGUCUGCUAUACAGUCAAUAAUAAGGAAGGAGCAAGACGAGGACUACCUGGGCUACGGAUGGCGAGAGUACAACAGCAACCAAUCGAAUGAAGAAUUUCUUCAGCGUCUAAUGUCAUCAUCGACUAAUGAAAUAUUAGCGAAAAGGCUAGAAUUACUAAAUUAUUUAUACAAUUUAUUAGAAAGUGAUUACAAUAAACCAUUUUAUAAUGAUAGUAAGCAGUCGAGAAAGAGAUCCCAGUUUUUAUCCAAUUGGUCAAUCGACAGACUAGUCAAGGAUCCCACCCCGGUCUCUCUCUAUAACAGGAGCAGCAAUAGCCAGUCUUCCUAUUCUCACUCGUUGACGCCCCUGCCAACUCAGCUCCACCCGGACAAGAAGAGAAAGAGACGGUCGAGUCUAUACAAGAUACAAGCCUUAUAUCAGUAUCAGCCUCUAUUUAAACACCUGCAGUCUACGAAAUCUAUCUCGCAAAAUGACUGGAAUCUCGCCAAAAACGAAAUCAAAUACAACAAGGUUAUCAACAAAAUAGACAGUCUACAGAACUCGGACGUCGGUUGGUCAUUCAAGCAGCCAAAGAAGCACAAAGGUGUUCCCAUCAACUACUCCCAUUGGGAUCAUCUAUUAGAGCACGUAACCUGGUUGCAAUCUGAUUACAAGUCGGAAAGAAUGCUGAAAUUAUCAAUAGCUGCCUUACUAGCAAAGGAGUGUCAGAAGUGGCAUACGCUGUCUCCAUCUGAUAGGAAAUCCAUCACUGUAAGCUCUUAUAUACCCCAAUCAACCGCAAUGGAUCUAGAUGAGAAGCCGGUCCAGCAAAGCAGACAACCGCUUUUGGAACCUACAAUCAAUCCUGUCGUCGAUCUGGAAAAACUCUCAAACGGUCAUUUGAAUGAUUUGUCCCAAUUCUUCCCAGAUUUACCUUCAUACGACAUCAAGAGUGCGACACAGGAGACCCGCUACGACCCAUCGAGUUCGCAAUCGUCAAAGUUGACACCAGUUAACAGACUGAUGGACUACAAACUCACGCUUGUUAGUUCACUCGAACCAGGUAAGCAUCGAGUACAGAACGAAUGGGAUCUCGAUUCUUUCGAUAACCAAACAAGUACACUCCAGAAUGUUUUUGAUGAGCCUUACAAUCCACUUUCUGGGUCCUCCUCUGCUCCAACUCUGAGUGAUCUCUUCUCAGGAAAGAAGCCUAAAUCAGACAAAGAUAAACUGAAUAACCCACCAAGUGGUGUACCAUCUACAAGUCUACACUGGUCAGGUGAAGACGAUGGAUUACUCACCAUGCUAGUCAAGCAGUACGGAUAUAGUUGGAAUUUCAUCGCUGAUGUUUUCAAUGGUAGUACCUCCUACGGAUCACAUCGACCACCUGAUAAGAGAAGCCCAAUUGAUUGUCACCAACGCUGGAAACAGAAGACAGGUGGGGCAUCUGCCGAUACCCCAGCUGCUUCGACUCCUUCAGCUCAAGAAAGAGAGAGGAAUGAGAAGAGCAAAAAGGAUACGAAGAAGAAACUCAACUUAAGUGAACAACCUAGGAGAGCUCUACGUCGUUCGCAGCUCGUGGGAAUCAUUGGAAAAUCUAGCAAAAAGCGCGAGAAGGACACAUCGAAGAGGGAAUCGCAACAGAAACGAGUUAGUCUAUUUGCACAUGAGACGCACUCCACGGAUGUUUCGAAACUCCAAACAGAUCCAAUAGCAUUGAGCACGCUGAAGGCAGAAAGAGAUAGGCAAGUGCAGGCGGAAUUUUUCAGGAGACAGCAAGCCUUGGCCUACAGACAAGCUCAGCAGUAUUUGAUGAAAGGGGGCAACCCUAAAAUGCUGCCGCCAAAUCACCCGGUAGCAAUUGCAGCAGCGGCAGUCGCCCAAGGGAAAGGACCAGGGUCGCCUGGUGCGCAACAGCAAGCUACGUUUGCACAAUCGCCGCAACUCCAGCAAGCGGCGCUGAUGGGUGCCAACAAUGCCCAGCUGCCUCCGCAAUUGCAGCAGCAGGUGAGGAUGCAACAACAGGCUAUGAUGAGACAGCCGAAUCAGCAAGGACAACAACCGGCCAGACCGCCAAACGGAUUGCCUAACGGAAUGUCUGUCCAGAACCUCCAGCAACUGGCGAGCCUGCCAGGCUUCGCUAAUGGGACGGGUAACCCGGAGCAGUUACGGCAAUUGCUAGCGCAAGCUAACAUGCAAAAUAACAGCAACAACUAAAGUGAAUAACUAUUAAUUCAUUGUAUUAUAAGAUAAUUUUUUUCAUUGUCAU